GGUUCUGGCAUUGAAGAUGUCGUAGAAGACUCGCCUCAGACGAAGAACGAAAAUAAACUACAGCAGGAAAAACCAGUAUUGAACCUCUCCAAGUCGUCUACCGCGGGGGGCGGCGGAUGGGGGCAGAAUUGUCCUUUCAAAUUUAUCCCAGACUGCGGGUCUUGCCUAGAUAGCUACCGUGGAAAUGGGGACGAGGGAGAGGAAGACAAAAGGAAGCAGGAGCUUCUGGACAGCGGCUCAGAGCGGGGGCUGGAAGAUGGUAGAAAUAACAAGAAUUCCGCUGCUAAAAACGGAUUGGUGUGCUGCAGCUUCCUCGAGAACAGUGCGAUGCUAAGCAAUCGAGUGUUCUGUUCCUACGCGACUGGGGUGAAGAACGAGGUGGAGGUGGCUGCCGUGAGCGAGGACCAGGAGAUUUCAAAGAAAGGCGAGGAAGGUGAAGGACCGGAUAGCGAGAAGAAAAUUGCUAGAGGAAGCAACAAGAACGGUUCUCGUGACGAGAAAGCCCUGGUUCUCUGCAGUUGGCUAUCCCACAGAAAAAAGCUGGCAGGGCAUAUUUGUAAUGCAAAAAUAAAUACACAGAAAAAUCUGUCAUGGGCGGCCUCAUAGCAUGCUAUUUAGGAUAUGCAAUGCAAAUUUUUUUGUCAAUUUAUUUUUGCAUUACAAAUAUGCCCUGCCGGCUUUUUUCUGUGUGAUAUUGGCUCGAAAACUACAACCCCAAGACGCCGUAUUCG